AAACUUAUCGAUCUAAAGCGAAGAAAUGAAAGUGAACUCGUGUAUGUGAUCAGUGUCGGUGUGAACCACUGUCACUGUUAGUAUCGUGAUACUGUUAGUAUCCUGAUUUAAAAACACGCUAAUGCGUCUUUUAGUGUUCGUCCGCUGAACAUAUGACGCUCUGCGUGGCGCUCACGUGCUGAUCAACGCAGUGAACCUCUGUCACUGUCUUUUAUCUUAGUUCUUUUUUAACUGUGCAAUGGAGUCUCUGUCAUUGAAUUAUGUUUCUCAGCUGAACGAGUACCAGCAGACGACACAGUGCACCGUGGAGUAUGAGGAGGGAUCCACAGAUGGACCGAGUCACAACAAAACGUUCACUAUGAGGGCUAUAGUUAAUGGACAGCAGUAUCCUGAGGGCACUGGGAAAACCAAGAAAGAGGCCAGGAUAAAUGCUGCCAAGAACGCCCUUGAUGCCAUAAAAAACACUCAAAAUACUGAACCUACAACGUCAUCUGUUCAAAACACUCCCAACAAUAUGACUGUAUCUCAGAGGAAUUAUAUUUGCUGGCUCAAUGAGUAUUCAAUGAAGAAAAAGUUAUGUUUUAAGGCGCGUGAGUCCAGAAAGACAGGAAACACUGCUCAAUUGUAUACUUAUGUUUGUAAGUAUGUUUGUGGUGAUAAAGAGUUUCCUGAGGCUUGUGGAAAUAAUAAGAAGGACGCUAAAGAAGCAGCGGCAAAAUGUGUUUAUGAAGAGUUACUCAAAACACAAGAUGUAGAGGUCUUCGAUGUCAACAGCAAUCGAACACAGAGGUCAGAGGUUGUGUCUCGUAGUGCUAGCCUGGACUGUGCCAGUUUGAGUUUAGCUGAUGAACCUCGUUGCACCACGCCUGACAGCAACUACAUUGCACUUCUCAAUGACUACAGCCAGAAACAUAAACAAGCACUUGAUUUUAACUUAGUGGAGAGACGAGGCCCUCCUCACAAACCUGAGUUUGUAUAUAAAGUUGUUCUGGAUGGUAAGGAAUAUCCUGAAGGACAAGGAAAGAGCGCAAAAGAGGCAAAGCAACAUGCUGCUCAGCGCGCUUGGAGCGUAAUGAAUGACAAUUCGGGAUGGACCACACAGAGUUCUGAAGAUGACAGCUCCUCACAAACUCAAGAUACAUCUAAAUCUGAGGAUGAACAAAACUCUUCAAUAAGCUCGUCUGAAACUCCCAGCUCAAGUUCUUUCAUCGUCUUCCAAGACUCAUCUGCUGUCGGCUCUCCUAUGGCUGAAAGCCCUUGUGAGAUCCCGAAAAUGGAUGUAAAGCCGAAAAUAAAGUUAGCACCAGUUUUUCAUCUGUCACCAAUCCAGCCUUGCCUGGCCAAGAGUAAAGAGGUUGAUCCCAUCGUGGAUGCCCACAGUCCGACAAAGCCAUCUGAAGAUCAACCUUCAAACCAAGCUGUAAAGUCAAGGUUUUUGGAAGACUUUGACUCAAUAAGUCGAAUUGGCAAAGGUGGCUUCGGACGUGUUUUCAAGGCACGACGAAAGCUUGAGGACACAUAUUAUGCUGUGAAGAUAGUGAAGAGUAAAGAAAAAGCUCUUCGUGAGGUUGGGGCUUUGGCUGGUUUUAAUAAUGCCAACAUCGUCCGGUAUUACACAGCCUGGGUCGAGGACACGACAUACAGAUACGAUUCUUCAGAGAGCUACAGCCAUUCAGAUUCUGGCAGUGACCCAGUCACAAAAUACCUCUACAUUCAGAUGGAGCUUUGUGAGGGAGACACGCUUUAUGCCUGGAUUGGUAAAAUGAACUCUUUAAAUGUUGAUUGUCCUGAGCGGAGGACGGAUGCAGCACAGAUCGGCAGACAGGUGAUGAAGGCUGUGGAGUACAUACACUCCAAGAGCUUCAUCCACAGAGACCUGAAGCCUUUGAACAUAAUGUUCAACAGUGAGGGAACAGUAAAGAUUGGAGACUUUGGCCUCGUGACAACAGCAGAAAAUGACAAUGACACACAACUGCUGGAACGGACUAAAGGAACAGGAACCCUUAUUUACAUGAGCCCAGAGCAGGUGGCUCUAACACCCUAUGACAAAAAGGUGGAUAUAUACGCUUUGGGUCUCAUAUACUUUGAACUCAUCUGGAAACUUGCCACAGUGUCUGAAAAGAUUUGGAAAAACAUAAGAGAUAGGGAUUUUCCACCACAUUUCUCCAGCAAAUUUAGUUUUGAGCAUAAGCUUAUAGAUCGAAUGCUGAGUCCCCGUCCUGAAGAGAGACCAGACGCCUCCGAGCUGAUCAGAGAGCUGGACCGAUCUUCAGCCGUGCUGAAAGCUGAUCCCAGUGACUUCGUUUCAGGAUUGUCUGAUAGUUUUGAUGUGAUUGCAAAACUUGGUCAUGGAGCCUAUGGCUGCGUUUAUAAAGUAAAACAUAUAUAUGAUGACAAGAUCUAUGCUGUAAAGAAGGUCAUCUUAACCGAGAAAGCUGAUUCUGAGGUGAAGGCAUUGGCUCGACUAGAGCAUCCAAACAUAGUGCGUUACAUCACAUGCUGGCCAAGUUCUGAAGACUGGACGUCAAACCAAGAAGGAAACCAAGAGUCCAAUACACCAGGUUCUUCAUCAGAUGUAGAGACCUAUGAGGAUGAUGAUGAUGAUGAUGAUGAUGGUGACAGUGACACAUCAGGAGUGGAAAGUCUGGGUGUGACAGACAGCGGGACAUAUUUGUUUAUUCAGAUGGAGUUCUGCGAGGGAGGAACACUGACUGAUUGGAUUAAGGAGAGAAAUUAUCUGAAAAAACAGAGAACCAUGGUGGAAAUCCAUAAAAUAUUUUAUGAAAUUAUCACUGGAGUGGAAUUCAUCCAUGCAAACAAUCUCAUCCACAGAGACUUGAAGCCUGAUAACAUACUGUUUGGAGCUGAAGGCAAAGUGAAGAUCGGAGACUUUGGGCUGGUGACCGAUCAGAAUGGUGACCCUAUAGAGAGGUCAAACAGUGGAACACCAACUUACAUGAGUCCUGAACAGGAAAAUAAGAGGACUUAUGAUGAAAAAACAGACAUUUUUCCCCUUGGACUCGUGUGGUUUGUGAUGAUCUGGAAAAUAUCUACUGGUAGUGAAAGAGUAAAGCUGUGGCCGGAUCUGAGAGAUCGAAGGUUUCCAAAAGGUUUCAGCCAGAGUUAUCCAAAUGAGAGUAAAUUCAUCGUGAAGAUGCUGUCGUAUUCACCCGAGCACAGACCACAUGCAAAAGACAUGAAAGAAACACUGAAGAAGUUUUUCUCUCUGGAUCCGAAUCUGUUAAGCCAGAAAACUGUCUGAGAUUUUUGUGUAUUGAAACUGUCUCAGCAGUUAAUUAUGUCCUUUCAAAAUAAUGAAUUUACACAGAGUACAACUGACAGGUUACAACGUUUUGAUGAUUUCAUGGAUUUGUUCAUGAUUUAAUGAUAAACUAUUUAAUGAUCUCUGAUUAAGGUGAUAAUAUAAACUCAUGAUUUGUAAAGUUCGGGGAGUGAUUUUUAUAAACAAAGUAUGAGAAUAACUUCUGAAGGAUCUAAGGAUCCUCAAUGCAGCCUGCAGGUAUUUUGCUUCAAGAGAGCAACCAUACAUUUGUUUUGUUUUACAUUCUUUCUCUUAUAUUAAUUUGUUCAUAAUCAUUUUAAUAAUUUAAUCAUAUAAUAAUUUUGAAUAAUUUAAAUACUAAUUUCAUUUAUUUAUAAACUGAUUAAUUAUGUAAUCACGAAGGUGCAAAAGCACCUAUUGUAUCCGUUAGCAUUAGUAUCCUUCCGUAUGUUCCUCCAUUGUGUCUAUGGCAGCCCAUAGAACAGCUUGUGGGAAUGUUGUGAUAUUUGGCACACUGAUAGAGGACAGUGAAAAAAGUCACCAUAGCAAAUUUGGAGUCUCUAACUCAAACUCUCUAGCGCCACCACUUGUUCAAAGUUUCACUCAUGUAUAUGCUAAUAACUUUUAAAUGUAAGACACAGAAGGAAUUUUCUGUUUUCCUCUGAUUCCUUGGCUCAUGCCAAGUCGAAUGGACCCAAAAAUUAAAAAAUUGUAAGGUAUAGUUUUUUUCGCUAUUUUUAAUUGUUUGUAAAACCUACUUUUUCGAACUCGUCCUAGACGGUUUGCAUGAUUUUCACCAAAAAAGCAUGCAGAAGCGGUUAUGAGGCUAUAUCUCCGCAGCGGUUUAUCGCGGUUUAUCGCAUUUAGACCAAACUCAGUGUGUGUUAUAACAAGCAUGACCUGAGGCUACCUGCAGUGUUUCAGCACAGUGCCACCUAGUGGUCAGGAGAUAAAAAUAAAUGACCAUUUUUAUUUAUGUCUUCUGAAUAUAUUCAUCGCCACCUAUUGGUCAAAAGUGAUAAGCCAAUAAUUAAUAUUACUAGUGGUUCUAUUUAUGAUUUAUCAGCCAUUUUGACUAAAAUAAUAGUAAAAUGGUUUUGACUCAAUGACUCAUUCCCGCAGUUGGUCUGAAGCUUGCUUUUGUAGUGCUUGGCUCCAUAAUUACUGCUUGCAGCUCUAUUUAUAUUGUUUUUUAUAUUACUGUUUUCAUUGUUGUUUAAUCUUAUGACUCUGUACUUUUAAAUGGCUGUUUGUCUUUAUGAAUAAGAGGUAAGUGGGAAUGUUUAUGGAAUCUCAUGGGUUUAUGGAAUGUUGUUGUGAAGCAGUUUGAUGUAAAGCUACUUGUUUGACUAGUGUUCAUCAGACGAAGUCUAAGCAUUGAGACGUGCAGCUAAGAUUAUUCAAUAAACUCUGCUCCUUUUUACAAUCAUCA